UUAGUGUUUAGUGUCUGUCUUGUUUCCUUCCUGUGUGUGCGAGGCGUUUUGUGUUUGUAGCACACCUUGACAAUGAUCCACACACACACACACAUUUAGCAGAUCCAUGGCUCUCCUCCCAUCCCGCUCUCAGCUGAUUCCUGCCCUCCUGACGUCACUCUUCCUUAUUUCAUCCUUGUUUUCUGACUUCAUUUCUUCUUCCUUUUUUUAACCCCUCUUCUUAAAGUGACACAUCGUGCGAGCACCUUCUCCAGCCAUGAUCACGGACAUGAAGCGUUCGACUGCCUUGUCACGUUUUAAAAAGUGUCUUGUAUCCAUUAAAGCAGCUUCAUCACAUCUACAUGUUUGUUCCUUUUUUGUUUUCUCGUCUCUCACACGUGCACACACAUGAAAACUCACACCAAACUUCCUCAUCUGCUGAAAAGCGUCGGGUUUUACAGGGUCCCCCCCUCGUUUGAUCAGGUGAAGGUCAGACCGAGCAGGAAGGGCCCGUUUCACUCGGUCGCUUCAAAGCCCGUUCUGCCGGGGCGUCAUCUGUGUUUGCACAGUCCUCUGGCUCCGUUUUCGAUGCCCUCUUUUCCUCUCUCCUCCCCUCUGCCUCCUCCCUCUGUCUGUCUCGUAUCUUUCCCAAACUGAACUCACUCCCAUUCCUGCAGACAGACGCACACAAGCACCUAAAGAGAAUGGACUAGGAAAAAAACUGGCUUUUAAAAAAAACAAACAAAACAAUCUUCCAGAAGGAGUUUUUAUUUUUACUUUUUUUGGCUUCACAUUUACCUAUUUUCCUCUUCUCCUCAUUUGCUAACAUCCAUUCAUCUCUUACACACUGAUCCCACUUAUUGAUUUGUUAUUCUUUGUUUCAUUUUUCUUCGCUGUGGAAAAAGAAUCAAGAAGGAAGAUUUUCGUAAUUUUGUUUUGUAAAUUAAACUUUAUUAUUUUAAUUACGAUAGAGCUAAAAAUCUUUUUGACUGCAAGGCAACAGAACAAUCUGGAGUAGUAAGGCAUAGCAAAAAGCACACAGUUAUACACACAAAUAGCAAAAAAAAUACACAUGCAUCUCAUUUUCAUUUUUUUUUUAAACGUUCUUUAAUAUUUCCAUUCUGUUUCUGAAGGAGAUUUAAAACCGAAUGAAGACGUCGGAAAAGUGGAACUUUGGAUAUAGAUGUUUCUUUUUCUUUUUCUGUGGAAUUACCCUUUAAUCCUGGAUUAGAUUUUGAAUGACCAAAAAAAUAUAUAUUUAAAAGUAAAACAAAUAAAAUUCUGGACAUUUAUGUAUUCAAUUUGAUUUAGAUUUUUUUUUCUUUUUUUUUGUUGUACAAUUUUCAAAGGACCGAAGCUGAUCUGUCUCUCGGCUUUUAAAUCUUAAGUGGAUUUCACAACUAUGGAUUAAAGACUGAAGCAGCAUCUUUGUCGGUUGACCUUGAUUUUAAGUUCUCCAUGCUACAAAAACUCAACACAUUUAAUAUAUUUCAUUGUUUAGAAUUGAAUAGAGUGGCAGACGUAAGAAAAACAAGACUCUCCGAGCAUCUUUUUUCCGAGGAAGAGAAGUGACGCUGCUCCAGUAGAGUGCAAUUACCUCAACAUUGAUGCUUUGCUCCCUUGACUGUCUGAGGAUUUUACCUAAAACGGCUCCUCCCUCAGUCUAAGGCUAUGAAAGGGAGAGAGGAGUCCCAGGCCGCACCACCAUGCUACUUCUGAGAAGCUGGGAUGAGACUUUGGCUGGCAAAACACGAGGUAUUUCUCUCCCAUUCCUACAUUAUGCCUGUUCGUGGACGCUGCAGCUCCUCCCUGCCUCACCAACAUGCUGGGGCUCACUUCCCCCCCCGAAUUGUUGCUCAGGUGCAACACGGGGCUCGGAACCUUCAUUCACCUCCAUCGGUUCACCGCACCACAGGCUCGUCUUUAUGCCUGCCUCUCCUUUUUCUGCUGCUCUGUCUUCUCCACCUGCCCCCAGCCUGUCACUCACGGAGAGAAAAGGGCGGCGGAGGAGGCGGUGGCGGCCAUUACAUGCCCAUUCCGCAGCCCCCUCCGCACCACAUGGCCCUGCCUAACAUCCUGCGGGGCCUGAGCAUCGCUGUCGUGCUGGUGGGCAACUCCAGCGAGGUGGCAUUGGCAGGGGCCAGAGAGAAGGAGGACUUUCUCCACAUGGCUCCGAACGUGGAGGUGCUGACCAUGAAUGAAACGGACCCCAAAAGCAUUAUAAAGAGCAUCUGCGACCUGAUGACGGAGCACUGGCUGCAGGGUGUUGUGUUUGGGGACGACACAGACCAGGAAGCCAUCGCUCAGAUCCUGGACUUCAUCUCAGCCCAAACCCACAUUCCCAUCCUCGGAGUACGUGGAGGCUCCUCAAUGAUCAUGGCUGCCAAGGACGACAACUCCAUGUUCUUUCAGUUUGGCCCCUCCAUCGAGCAGCAGGCGUCUGUCAUCCUCAACAUCAUGGAGGAGUACGACUGGUACAUCUUCUCCAUCGUCACAACGUACUACCCCGGUUACCAGGACUUCGUCACCAAGAUCCGAAACACCAUCGAGAACAGCUUUGUCGGCUGGGAGUUGGAGGAAGUUCUUCUGCUCGACAUGUCCGUGGACGACGGCGAUUCAAAGAUCCAGAACCAGCUGAAGAAGCUGCAGAGYCCCGUGAUUCUUCUCUACUGCACAAAAGAAGAGGCCAACACCAUCUUCGAGGUGGCCCACUCCGUAGGGAUCACCGGCUAUGGUUACACGUGGAUCGUCCCUUCGCUGGUCGCUGGAGACACUGAUGUAGUGCCUGCUGAGUUUCCCACAGGUCUGCUCUCUGUGUCCUACGACGAGUGGGACUAUGGUCUGGAAGCUCGUGUUCGGGACGGUGUGGCGAUCAUCACCAUGGCGACGUCCACCAUGAUGAUGGACCGCGGGCCUCACACCUUGCUGAAAUCUGAAUGCCAUGGAGCGCCGGAAAAGAAGACCCCAAUCUCAGGCAACCCCAAUGAAGUUCUCAGGUACCUGAUGAAUGUGACAUUUGAGGGGCGCAAUCUGUCGUUCAGCGAGGAUGGGUACCAGAUGCACCCCAAGCUUGUCAUUAUUCUGCUCAACAAAGAGAGACAGUGGGACCGGGUGGGUAAAUGGGAGAACGGCUCCUUGUCCAUGAAGUACCACGUGUGGCCUCGCUACGAGCUGUAUGGAGGGGCGGCGACCAGGGAGGAUGACCACCUGUCCAUCGUGACGCUGGAAGAGGCCCCGUUCGUCAUCGUGGAAGACGUGGACCCGCUGAGUGGGACCUGCAUGAGGAAUACCGUCCCCUGCAGAAAGCAGAUCAAAAUGCUCAAUCAGACCAAGGAGGCGGGGAUCUACAUCAAGCGUUGCUGUAAGGGCUUCUGCAUCGACAUCCUGAAGAAGAUCGCCAAGUCGGUCAAGUUUACGUACGACCUGUACCUGGUCACGAACGGGAAGCAUGGCAAAAAGAUCAACGGGACCUGGAACGGCAUGGUGGGAGAGGUUGUGUUAAAAAAUGCCCACAUGGCCGUUGGAUCCCUAACCAUCAACGAGGAGAGGUCAGAGGUCAUCGAUUUUUCUGUUCCCUUCAUCGAAACCGGAAUUAGCGUCAUGGUUUCCCGCAGUAACGGCACCGUUUCACCCUCCGCAUUUCUAGAGCCCUUUAGUGCAGAUGUGUGGGUGAUGAUGUUCGUAAUGCUGCUGCUGGUGUCAGCAGUGGCUGUGUUCGUGUUCGAGUACAUCAGCCCUGUGGGCUACAACCGCUGUCUGGCUGAUGGCAGAGAGCCUCAUGGCCCAUCUUUCACCAUCGGUAAGGCCAUCUGGCUGCUUUGGGGUCUCGUCUUCAACAACUCUGUGCCGGUCCAGAACCCCAAAGGCACCACCAGUAAAAUCAUGGUGUCAGUGUGGGCCUUCUUUGCUGUCAUUUUCCUGGCCUCGUACACUGCCAACCUGGCUGCUUUCAUGAUCCAAGAGGAAUAUGUGGAUCAAGUCACGGGUCUCUCCGACAAGAAGUUUCAGAGUCCCAAUGACUUCUCUCCUCCGUUCCGGUUUGGCACGGUCCCGAACGGGAGCACGGAGAGAAACAUCAGGAACAACUAUCCAGAGAUGCACACCUACAUGACUGCGUUCCAUCAGAGGAACGUCAACGAAGCUCUGCAGAGUCUGAAGGCCGGCAAACUGGAUGCCUUCAUUUACGACGCCGCCGUCCUGAACUACAUGGCUGGCAGGGACGAGGGCUGCAAGCUGGUGACCAUUGGCAGCGGCUACAUCUUCGCCACCACGGGAUACGGCAUCGCCAUCCAGAAGGAGUCUGGGUGGAAGAGACACGUGGACCUGGCCAUCCUGCAGCUCUUUGGCGACGGUGAGAUGGAGGAGCUGGAGUCCCUGUGGCUGACGGGAAUCUGCCACCACGAGAAGAACGAGGUGAUGUCCAGCCAGCUGGACGUGGACAACAUGGCCGGGGUCUUCUACAUGCUGGGCGCCGCCAUGGCUCUCUCCCUCAUCACCUUCAUCUGCGAGCACUGGUUCUACUGGCAGCUGCGCUUCUGCUUCAUGGGCGUCUGCUCCGGCCAGCCCGGCUUCGUCUUCAGCGUCAGCAGGGGAAUAUACAGCUGCAUACAUGGGGUCCAAAUCGAAGAGAAGAGCAGCUCUGCGUUGAACUCCCCGUCAGCCACCAUGAACAACACCCAUUCAAACAUCAUGCGCCUCCUACGCACUGCCAAGAAUAUGGCCUCUUUGUCAGGGGUGAACGGCUCACCACACAGCGCCCUGGACUUCAUCCGUCGAGACUCUUCUGUUUAUGACAUCUCUGAGCAUCGCCGCAGCUUGGCUGGCCAUUCCGACUGCAAACCUCCUUACAUGCCUGAAGACAACAUGUUUAGUGACUACAUCAGUGAAGUGGAGAGGACGUUUGGCAACCUUCAUCUCAAGGACAGCAAUUUGUACCAGGAUCACUAUCUACACCACCAUGGUUCAACCCCAGGGCUCACUGGUCCUCCUCCCAACAGACCCCACAGUUUGGGCAGUGCUAGUUCUCUGGAGGGUGGCAUGUUUGACUGUGACAGUCUGGGUGGGGGAGUGGCUCCCAUCUUCACCACCCAACCUUGCUCAGCUCUGACCCACAGGAACAUGAGCAAGUUUGACCUGUUGUCCGGACAGACUCCUCCCUCAGGCCAGAGCUUCAAGGGAGGACUGCCUGACAUCUACGGAAAGUUCUCCUUUAAAGGUGGUGCCUCAAGCUCCACUUACAUUCCGGGACCUAGCUACUGUGGGGGGAGAGGAGACGAUGACGGAAAUAUACGCUCAGAUGUUUCAGACAUUUCCACACACACUGUAACCUACGGAAACUUGGAGGGUAAUGCCAAGAAGCGCAAACAGUACCGCGACAGCUUAAAAAAGAGGCCGGCCUCUGCAAAGUCCAGACGGGAACUGGACGAAAUUGAGCUGGGUUACAGGAGGAAACCCUACCACAUCAGCCACCACCACUACCACAGCCAACGUUCUGCCUCCCCGCCACUGUUGCCCUCYGAACGCAAGCGAGGGGGUGGAGGAGGAAACAACAAUGGGAACUCUUACCUCUUUAGGGAAAAGGAGAGUGUUCGGGACUUUUAUCUCGACCAGUUUCGUCCCAAAGAGGGGGUCCCUCAGUGGGAGCAUGUGGACUUGACGGAGGGCCCUGGAAACAGAGAUGGAGGAGUGCCAACAUGCACCUCCUUGGUUCCAGUUGAAGACUUUCUGAAAAGCAAACCCAAAAAGUCGGACUCAAAGGGUGGGCCAGGGUCUGGAUUGGCAGGGGGAGAAUGGGAGUGCAGGAACUGUCGAGCUAGUGGGGGCAAGCAGAUGUCCAUUCAUGGAGGAGGUGGUGGGUAUUCAAGUGGCAUUGGCUGUGGGUCCUCAGCAGGUGGCAGCCGCCCUAGCUCUGCAACCUGCAUGCGCUGUGAGGGUUGUAAAAAGACAGGAAACCUCUACGAUAUCAGUGAGGACAAUAACCACCCCUUGGAACAAAUGGGGGGAGGGAAAGGCGGGGGAGGAGUGGGAGGUAUGGCCGCAGGCCCUCAGGCUCAAUCUCAGGCCCAGCAGAGGAGAAAGAGUGGAGGAUUUGGGAAGCAGCUAAGGCGGCAGCAUUCGUAUGACACAUUUGUUGACCUUCAGAAAGAGGAAGCAGGUGGAAUGGGAAGUCUGAUGGGAGKCUUAGGGGGAGGUAUGGGUGGACCUGGGAUGGGAGGAAUGCUGCCCCCACCAAGGAGUGUUAGUUUGAAGGAGAAAGAACGCUACAUGGAAGAAAACAGCCCCUUUGCACACAUAUUUGAACGCCAUGGGGGCUCAGAAAGGGACAGGGACAGAGACCCACUGUUUUAUGGAGGUGAGAGCCAAAAAGGCUCUGGGUCCCCAUUCGGACUGUUCAGAGGUGGUGAGGGCCUCCACCGCCGCUCCAUCGGAGAGAGAGACAUGAGAGACAGAUCUUUGAUGGAAGGUGGAGGUGGGGCAGCUUUCUCUUUAUCCAAAUCUCUUUACCCUGACCGGGUAAACCAAAACCCCUUUAUACCCACCUUUGGCGAUGACCAGUGUCUGAUGCAUGGAGCCAAACAAUAUUACCUGACAAAGCAACAGCAGCAGCAACAACAAGUUGCCCAGAACAGCAGAGGUGACUUCAGGAGUCAAUUGAGUGCAACGUCAUAUCUGCCAUCAUCUGCCACAGCUGGGGUGAUGUCCAACGUGCCCCCCCGGUUCCCAAAAGAGCUCAGCCUUGGUGGGAUGAACCAUCACGGGUCUAUGUUGGCAGUCGGACCCCCACGUCCCUUCAAUGGAAGCAAUGGCCAUGUGUACGAGAAACUCUCUAGCAUUGAGUCUGACGUGUAAGAGACAAAGAGGAAGGAGGAGAAGAACAACAGAAGUGUUUGGAGAUCAGGGGUAUUUCUUAAAACUAUUCAGACACAAAGCAGCUUGAGUUCAUGGUGACACAAAGAGAUGACUGUAAGAAGGGUCAAAUGAGUGGCAGAGGCAAAACAGGUAGAGACUGUUGUACAAAAUAGAGAAUGAAGAUGGGAAUUAAAAAAUCAAGACAUCCUUAGGGGGUUAAGGAUGCUAAACCUCUCUUAAAAUGGCCAAAGCUACUCUACUUUUACAUGCACAUACAAUCAAUCAACAUUGUCUUUAAUCUCACAAAAGYCCUACACUUCAAAAAGUUCCAUCCUCAUAGCCACCAGUGUGCUAGAAGUCACAUUAAUAUCUUGACAAAGCAUCACCUUGUUUUAGUUUUCUACAGGGGCCACAGUUUGAGGGCUCCUGCUGGGUGCUUGUGAGGAACCACAGCAAGAGCGGCAAUGGGAGAGAACUGCCCAUGUGCCCCUGUGACAAUUUAGAAAUUAGACAUCACAUUCGCUAGAGCCACAACACAGCCUGUCUUGGACAUCUCUCCCUGAACCCUUUCCCACUCCUCUUCUUCUCUGCCCCUGCUUCUCCUCCAUAUCUUUGACACCUAAAGAGCUGUUUGCUGAUGAGAAAUACAAUCAUGAAUGAUAAUAAGAUAUUCUUAUAGAAAAACAGGGUAUAAGAACAACAAUAACGUUGUGAAUAACAAAGACAUUCAUGCUGUUUAUGGUAACUCUGCUURUGAGACCAUACAUUUUGUUUUGUAUUCUGUUGGUAUAGUAUUUGACUAUUCUCUAAGUAUCUGUAGUAGUUGUGUUCCAUUUGCUCCUGGUGGUGCCAGGAAGGUUGUUCUUGGUUCAACCAACAAGCCAGAAAGACUGAGUCUUUUACUCCUGUGUUUUCUUCUGUUUUCUGUAGAAUAUUUUACUCCAUGACCAUUCGUGUAUCUGCUCCAGKAUUUCAAAGACACGUUUGGAGCUGGGAAAUUCUUGAUAUUUUAAGACAUUGCUAAUAAUCAAGCACGCACAUGCUUCAAAACACAGUUUCUUUUUCUUUCUUCAGUUUUUUUUUUUUGUCAGUCUGAACUCGUGUUACUGUGAAGAACAACGUUUUCACCAGAAGCUACUGAGAGGAAGGACGUGCCUUAAAGGUCUCCAGUGGAAGUGUCCUCCAGUUUCACACGCAGCUGCACCAGAACAGACCAGCGCUCAUUCAGGCUGCCCAGUGUUGCCGUCUCACAUAUGAGCCAAACCCGCUGUAGAAAUUCGACAGCAGGCUGCUGAUGAUGAUGGUUUCCAUACAAGACGCUGUUUGAGAUCUUUUAUACCUUCGUAAAAAUAUUUCAUAUGUCAGGUAUGGAUGGUGUUUUAUGAACCAGUCGUAAUCAGGAUGUCCCACUGUUACUAAUAAGCUGAUGUGUCUCAGUUCAUAGCAAUGGAAGCCUAUAGACCACCUGUUUUAUCCAUCCUACACAACACCUGUCACUUGGUUCUUGCUAGCAUUACUUCACAUCACACCAACAGUCUGAGAGGCUCGCACAGAAAGCUUUGCUUGGACAUUGUGUAAAACCAACAUUAUGCAMUGUCACUUAUGCAGACCUGCUACAACGAAGUUGUAGAAGAAGCUGAUAAAARGCAGGGUUGAGGAACUGGCUAGGCAACAGGAAGGCAGCUGUCUUGUGAAAGAUUGUUUUUUCUUUUUUACUCAGACUGUUGUAGAUAGUCUUUAGCUAAAGAGGCCUCAUUUAUUGCACAGGACAUUUUACUCAGUGUAGGUUCGGGCACUUGGUAGACAUGCCUUAUGAUCCCUCUCCCCCAAGUUGAUGACUCAUCAUGUACAGACUUCAGAGGCUUCUAUUAGUUAUUUGAAGGUCCGAUCUAUGAUUGGUUGGUGUCACAAGUUCAAGGGCUGAGAGAUUUCACACAGGAGUACUGGCCACAGAGAGGACCUACCGGACUGUGUGUUAAACGAUUUUUGUAAUUAUGUCACACCCCAAUAUAAAAGCACUCAUGCAAUAGGUUGAUAUGUGUGUUUGUGCGUUUGAAGAGAAGCAGACCAUUAUUCAACAAUAAGUGCUUUUUUUCCCCUUAAUCACGCUGUUAAAUAUUCAUUCCUUCAACAGCCUGUACUCCCUAACUCCUCGGAUAACACUGAGACUGAUCGAGUUAGCCUUAAAUCAGAUGCACCCUCUCUCCCUCCCACACACACACAGCCCAAGACACUCCUAAUAAAUAACUUGGGAUCUCUGGAAUUUUUAUACACAUUUGAAAGUUCAGGUGACCCAAACUCAGCAAGGAGGAAGAAGGGUUUGACGCAGAAAUAAAUGGCUAGUUCCAAUUUUUGAAGCGAGGAUCUGUGAUGUUAUCAAGAGUAGUUUCUUUAGCUGCACUAGAAAGAUCCGUUAUUGCAGUGAGUUAAGUAGAAAAGUGGAAAAAAUUGUACAUCAAUCACACUAUAGUUUCAACAAAGUCUUCCUGCAGAUUUGACAGCACAGUUAAGAUUGCAGAUUGCAUUGCCUAUUUUCAACAUACGGAAAAAUCAUGGCACGAGCCUUUACAGCUAACGACACCAYAAACRGCACACAUAYGCACCACUGCUACAAAAUGAAUGUAGGUGCUACAAAAAUGCCACGGCAAUGAUCCGAUAUUAACAUCACUUAAUUUCACGCGACACCAUGCAAAGGCUCUGUUUACUUGGAGAAUUCACUCGUGCUAAAUACUUGGAGUGGCUAUAACGGAUGGCCAGUCUGACCUACUUUUUGAUUAUUUCAGCUUGGGAUUGUUUAACCUCUUGGGGSYGCACUUAGACUGUUUAUAUAGCAUUUAAUUUUAAGCCCAAGAUGGUCAGACAAAAAGAAGGUGAUGACUCAGCAUAUUAAUAUACCCUAUCCAGUUAUAGGACGCCACACAUUUUGAACCAGUACAAAUCUAUUUUGCAAACCAGCAGUGUUUUAUAACACAAAAUGUGUUAAUUUCAUCUGCGUUAGACACAUGUAACAUGCAUUUCUUCUGAUAAACAAACAUAAUAGCAGCCUUUAAUUAGUGGAAGACCAGCUGCUAAUAAUAUGCAGUUACAUUGGUUGCAUGUUUGGCUGAGAAAACAAGAUUAGCAGAUCUUACCUGAUCUUACCUCUUUGUGCAGGCACAAGCAGGUAAGAUCUGCUAAUCUAGUGUUUUGUUUUAUCUACUGKAUUGUUUUCUAGAUAUAUUUCUGGCUGAAAUCAGAUAAUUUCUUAACUUUUCUAUGAACCGACUGCAAUAUGAUGUUUUUCCGUCGCAGCUAGGGCAGCUAUCGCUAGUAACCAUUUCAGAGAGCCUCACUUCAAAAACUCAGAACUGCCCCUUUAAGAAUCUGAGAGACUUUGGUUUGGGCAUCAGUGUCAGCAUUAGUAUGUUCGAUCUUUUUCAUGUAAAUAAAUAUAUAUUUAAGAAUCUUUUCACUUUGUACAGUAAACAGACAGACAGGAUGUAACUUUCAGUAUGUUUUACAAUUUAAGAAAUAAAACUGUGAUAAAAACUCAUAAAAUAAAAAAAAUAUGAAUAAAAAUAUGCAAAAUAUAGAAUAAGACACAAAUAUUACUAAUCAUAAGUUAUAUAAUUGAACCUUUUUUUUUCUUUAAAUCUCAUGUUUACUUGAUUAUAAUAGUUUUACCAAUACGGAUUAUGUUAAGAGUUCUGAUUUUUUUAUUAUUAUUAUUUUCUCUAAAUUGUUGCAAACUGAGGAUAAUUUACUGUAGGUGUAGACGUUUAGUGAUUAAAAAAGGGAAAGCUUAGUUUUAGGAGUAUGUUAAGUUUYCCUUGGAUUGUGUUAGACUAUCUUUUUAAGAUAAGCUCUUUCUCCAUGCUUUUCAGCAUAGAUUCAAUUAUCUAAACAUUUAUAUAAUACGAUAUUACAUGUAUACAGAGGUGAUAUUUGCAUAUAGAGGCAGCAGUAUAUUGUGAACCUUCAUUUCGAAGCAGCCACUCUUGUUUAAAAGUUUUCGAGGCGUUUGUGUUUUUUGUUGCCCAUUUUUUUGGACUUGGGCUCUAAACGGUAAUUGCACACAGAAUUUAGAGCCAUCAUCGGCCCGGCCUAUCCUGCUCCCUCUCUUUGUUUGGGACAGACAUCACUGUGGUAAUGGAAGAUUACACACACACGCGCGCGCACACACACACACGCACACUGGACGUUUUUCCAGUGUUGAUGUUGCUGAGAGUUUCAGCAAAAUAUUGUGAAGAAACCAACCAAGCCGAAGUGCAGAUUCAUCUCCGUGAGAGUGCGGCUGAAAUGCAUUUGUGCAACCCCUUAUUAAAAGGUGAAACAUU